AUGUCGACCACCCUGCAGCUCCGCACCAACGGCGACGACAUUGCCGUCUCGAUCGGCAUAAGCCCGAGCGAAGCUGCGGGUGCUGCAGGCGGCGGCAACUCCAUGCAGCUCCAGCGCUGGCUGUGCCGCACCAACGGCGACGACAUGGCCUUCUCGAUCGGCAUAAGCCCGAGCGAAGCUGCGGGUGCUGCAGGCGGCGGCAACUCCAUGCAGCUCCAGCGCUGGCUGUGCUCAUCGGGCUUGGCCACGCUGAUCAUGGAUGCGGCCACCGCAUUCUACAGAUCGCCCCACGGAGUGGUCUUCGAGCAGCACAGGUUUGCUUACUACGCCACCCUCGCCGGAAUUUUCGCUGCCGGGCUUGGCGAAGUCGGUACGGCCUGCUGGCUGGCCAGCUCCGGCCAGCAAGGCCGAGGCCGCAGUCGGGCGUUCAGAGCGGGCGUCGUCUGCGCCUCCGUCGUGCCUCUCGUUGCCAUCAUCGCACUCGGUGGAUUCUCCGUCGUCACGAAGGACUAA